UCCGAAUCCGCCAAACCCACCCGUUUGGUUGGAGGAGACCCGUUCUUCUCCUUUGCUUCCCUUGGUGCUUAUGAUCUAUGGCUUUAUUCUCGAAUUGAAGGAAAAGAUCAAUGGCUCCAGCAAAGAAGGGAAAAGCCAAAACCCAGAAAGCUGAAUCAUCGCAGCCCUCUGAAAAUGACUCCAAGUUCCCAUCUUCAAUCCGCUCGGUUCCUCCUUCGUCUGUUGCCAUCACCAUCCACGCCAAACCCGGCGCGAAAUCUUCCUCCAUCACCGAUUUCAGCGACGACUCUGUAGGGGUCCAGAUUGAUGCGCCUGCCAAAGAUGGUGAAGCUAACGCUGCACUCCUUGAUUAUAUCAGCUCGGUUUUAGGGGUGAAAAGAAGGCAAGUUUCAAUAGGUUCAGGCUCUAAAUCAAGAGAUAAGGUGGUAGUUGUUGAGGAGAUCACUCUACAGAGUGUAUUUGAUGCUUUGAACAAAGCAUCCAAGUGCUAGCGAUGGAGAGACACCUUGUGAAGUGCUAGUUAUUGUAAGAUGGUUAGUUCAAGCCAGGGAUGAUACUUGGUUGCUUCCUUGAUUCAACUUGAGAAUUCUCGUAAAACUCAAAUAGUGGGAGUUGCCUUAUGGCUCGUUUCGCUUGUAAAACAGUCAUCUAAUCAGGAUAGUAGUGGCAAUCAUGAUGCAUGAUGAUAAAUUGUGUCUACACAAUCGUUGACAACCUUCACUGGGACUGAGGUACAUGUAUUACGAAUAAGAAAAGGAGAAGUCAUCUAUCAUUGAUUUGA